AUGGGAGAGGAGUCUAUUGAUUCGGGGGCCAUGCUACAAGGUCAAGCUGAGAUAUGGCAAUACAUGUUCAACUUUGCAGACUCAAUGGCUUUGAAAGCCGCCGUGGAGCUCCGAAUAGCCGACAUAAUCCACUCCCAUGGCUCUCCGAUCACCUUGUCCAAAAUCGCCUCCGGCAUUGCCUCUUCAUCCCCGGACACCACCUGCCUUGCCCGAAUCAUGAGACUGCUAGUCCGCAAGAAGAUCUUCACCGCCAAUUCUCAAUCCAACGGUGGAGAGCCGCUCUACGGUCUCACCCCUUCCUCCAAAUGGUUACUACAUGAUACGGAUUUAAGUCUCGCCCCGAUGCUACUCAUAGAAAAUCACCCAUGGGCAGUGGCACCGUGGCAUUGCCUGAGUAGCUGUGUGAAAGAAGGUGGGAUUGCAUUCAAGAAGGCUAAUGGACAUGAGGUAUGGGAAUUUGCAGCACUCAAUCCUGAAUUCAACCAGAUGUUCAAUGAAGGCAUGGCGUGUACGUCGAAGAUCGCACUGAGGGCGAUCAUUUCGGGUUACGAAGAUGGGUUUGGCUGCGUGAAAUCGGUGGUGGAUGUGGGUGGUGGCACAGGUGCAGCCAUGGCGGAGAUUGUGAAGGCUUAUCCGCAUAUAAAGGGGAUCAACUUUGAUUUGCCGCAUGUGGUGAAGACAGCGCCGGAGUACCAUGGAAUUUCUCAUGUUGGUGGUGACAUGUUUGAGGUCAUUCCUAAAGCUGACGCAGUCUUCAUGAAGAAGGCUAAUGGACAUGAGGUAUGGGAAUUUGCAGCACUCAAUCCUGAAUUCAACCAGAUGUUCAAUGAAGGCAUGGCGUGUACGUCGAAGAUCGCACUGAGGGCGAUCAUUUCGGGUUACGAAGAUGGGUUUGGCUGCGUGAAAUCGGUGGUGGAUGUGGGUGGUGGCACAGGUGCAGCCAUGGCGGAGAUUGUGAAGGCUUAUCCGCAUAUAAAGGGGAUCAACUUUGAUUUGCCGCAUGUGGUGAAGACAGCGCCGGAGUACCAUGGAAUUUCUCAUGUUGGUGGUGACAUGUUUGAGGUCAUUCCUAAAGCUGACGCAGUCUUCAUGAAGGUGAGAUUUGAAUCCAAUAACCCACGACCACCCACAACACGAAAACACGCGACUCCCUCUACCUCUGCAAGCUUUAGUUGUGUAUGGUGGGAAGUCCCUUCCCACACCUACUCUAGUGGGACCCCUCCUACAGAUUUUGUUUGCCCCAUUAUAAAUGAUAAUUGA